AUGCCAGGACGUCAGUCACACGGCAGGUCAGUGACCGCUGGUCCUGCCAACAAGAAGAAACCGAAGAAGUCCUAUACAAAGUCAAAAAAGCACGCCCUCAAUGCCUUCGCCAUCGCUGCCAAGCAGGUACCCGAGAGCACCAAGGGUCUCCGGCUGCGCGACCUCGAUGUGGAGCCUGAGAACAAGAGGCGGAGACGGGACGAUGAUGAUGAAGACGGGGAGGACGAGGAUGACGGUGAUCAAGGAAGAUCCCGCACAAAGAGGCGGAAACAGGACGACAAUGAGUCGGACGGGGAGAUUGAGAGCGACAGCGACGGCAACGAAUGGCACGUGGGAGUAGAUGAGGACGAAGACUCAGACAUCGACAGCGACGAAGCGUUCGAUGAGGAGGACGAAGAGAGGUUCGAAGGCUUCACAUUCCGGGGCAGUUCGUCAAAAGAUGCUCAGCCUGCCUCUGACGACGAGGCAGAUGGCGAGUCUUUGGGCGAAGAUGCGAUAGACCUUGCACAAGCCCUCGACCAAUUCUCGGAGGAUGACGAAGACGAGGAGUCUCGUGACGAUUCGGGAUCCGGCUCAGACGACGAAGACGAUUCUUCAGAGUCCCCAGAUACGGACGCAGAUGAUGAGGACGAGGACGAUGACGAUAUAUCCAAGUUCGAUGCUCUCCGUGACAUUGCCUCUGGUUAUGCAGGUCAGGAUGAGGAUAUGGACGAGGAUUCGGCGCCUCAGCAAAAGGCAAAAGUUGGGCUGGAGGACCUAGGGCUCUUCGGUGUCAAGGAUCCCAAUAUCAGGAAGUCUCUCAAGCUCAUGAAAAAGGAAGAGAAAGCCACGAAGCCUGGCUCCACCAAGAAGCUAGAUGUCCCUCUCGCCAGACGUCAGCAAGAUCGCUUGCUCCGGAUUGCCGCGUCAGAGAAGGCCAACUCGACCCUGGACAGGUGGCAAGAUACGGUUAAGCAUAACAGGCGAGCCGAGCACCUAAUGUUCCCGCUUCCCGAAACACUGCCCAAUGCCGGGCUUGACAAUGGCGAGCUGCAACCAAUCACUCACAAGACUGCGUCCAACGAGCUGGAGCAGACGAUCAUGUCAAUCAUGGAGGAAAGCGGUCUUGGACCGUCGUCAAAGCCUAAGCCGGAAGCAAAGGAGGAUGAGGAUGAGGAGCAAGCACAGAUCUCGCGAGCAGAGAUGCGAGAGGUCAUGAACCAGCGCCGCCGGGAGCGGGAACUUCAGUCUCGUGAGCAGGCCAGAGCUAAGCGCAUCAAGAAGAUCAAGAGUAAGGCCUACCGCCGGGUUCACCGCAAGGAGGCAGCCAAAAAUGAGCUUGCAAUGCAAGAGCAGAUGGAGCUGGAGGGCAAUGGCCUCGAUUCGGAAGAGGAGAGAGAAGCACAGCACAGAAGGCGAGCGAUGGAGAGAAUGGGCUCGAGGCAUAAAGAGAGCAAGUGGGCCAAGAUGGCCAAGAACAGCGGUCGAGCUGCCUGGGAUGACGAGUUCCGUGCCGGCCUGACGGAUAUGGCUCGGCGAGACGAGGAACUUCGACGCCGUGUCGAAGGCCGUUCCGGAGGCGGGGGUGACGAGUCAUCAGGCACCAGCUCCGAGUCCGAGUCUGACGACGAAGACAGCAGACAAAAACUGCUGCAGGAGCUGCAGAGGACUGAUGCGGCGCAAGAAGACGGCCCUCACUCGAACAUCAUGAAACUCGCCUUCAUGCAACGAGCGGAGAAUGCCCAGAAGAAGCUCAACGACGAGGCGGUCGCGCGACUUGUGAAAGAGCUAGGCUCUGAUGCAGGAGACAGUGAUGGUGAAGACCCUGAAGAGGCUGAAGUUGGUCGGCGGACGUUUGGCAUGGGCAACUCCAAAACACCUGGUGCCAAAGCAGCCGACGAUCAAAAUGAGGAGACCUCGGCAGCCCCUGCGGCAACCAGACGCACUUCUGGUCUUGCUCAACCUCCGGCACCUGCCAGUGCUGGCGCCUGGUCCCAGCCCGUGCAGUCCAAGAAGGAUCGGAAGAAGGCCAAGAACCAGAGCGGUGGGCGCUCAGAGCUACUCGACAUGAACACUGUAGACCUCAUGACCGCCGUCAAGCCUGCAUCGAAACCCGCUGCCAACGACAGGGACUCGGACACUUCUGAUGACGACUCGGAGAUCGGGGCCGCGGCGCAUCCCUUCGCGAUUCGGGACGCCGACCUCGUUGCGCGCGCUUUCGGCGGCGACGAUGUCGAGGCCGAGUUUGAGCGCGAGAAGGCGCAGGUUGAGGAGGAGGACGACGACAAGGUUAUCGACAACACGCUUCCUGGAUGGGGCAGCUGGGCCGGCGAUGGCGUGAGCAAGCGCGCCGUCAAGAAAGAUCAGAAGCGCUUCCAGACCGUCGUCAAGGGCGUCAAGAAGGCGGACCGCAAGGAUGCCAAGCUGGAAAAGGUCAUCAUCAACGAGAAGCGUAUACGAAAGGGCGAAAAGUAUAUGGCAUCCCAACUCGGCCACGAGUUUGAGAACAGACACCAGUACGAGCGCUCGCUACGCCUACCGCUUGGACCGGAGUGGUCGACCAAGGAGACGUUCCAGAGCGCCAUCAAGCCGCGGGUCAUUGUCAAGCAGGGCAUCAUUGCGCCCAUGGCGAAGCCACGCAUCUAA